AUUAUGCGGUAUUGAGAUUUUGGACAAAAUAUCUAGAAUUUAAACGGCCAUUUCCAAUCACCAUUUCCAAGACCCAGUUGUAGUAGUGUAACAAAACCAACUACUACUCUACUAUACUGAUCCUGGUCUUGCACAAAUCUUCAAUCACACUCAUUCUUCUCAUUUUCUCCUUUGCUUCUAUUCAUAUCCUUUACCAUUUCUCAUUCUUAUUGACUCUACUUCUUUAGAUCUGUUCAACCAUUAUCUUUUCUCUGCUCCAUCUUCAGAUCUCUUCUUUUACCAGACCAACUGCAUUGCUCGAAAUGGCUGCUAACCCUGCUAUAAUUGCAUUGUUUGAUGUUGAUGGAACACUUACAGCUCCUAGAAAGGGAGUAACUUCGGAGAUGUUAGAAUAUAUGAAAGAAUUACGAAAGGUUGUUGCUGUUGGUGUUGUUGGAGGAUCUGACCUAAUUAAGAUAUCAGAGCAACUUGGAAAAUCAGUUAUUAAUGACUAUGAUUACGUUUUUGCGGAGAAUGGACUUGUGGCUUAUAAAGGUGGUGUGGAGAUUGGUAUCAUGAGCCUGAAACAGCAUCUUGGAGAAGAAAAGCUCAAGGAGUUUAUCAAUUUUACGCUCAAGUACAUCGCAGAUAUAGAUAUUCCUAUAAAAAGGGGAACAUUCAUUGAGUUUCGAAAUGGAAUGCUUAAUGUUUCACCAAUUGGUAGAAAUUGUAGCCAAGAAGAAAGAGAUGACUUUGAAAAGUAUGAUAAGGUCCAUAAAAUACGUUCAACCAUGGUGAAUGUGUUGCGCGAGAAAUUUGGUCACUAUAAUUUGACAUUUUCAAUAGGAGGACAAAUAAGCUUUGAUGUAUUUCCAAAAGGUUGGGAUAAGACAUAUUGCUUGCGGUACCUUCAGGAUUUCACCGAGAUUCACUUUUUUGGUGACAAAACCUUUGAGGGUGGAAAUGAUCAUGAAAUUUUUGUGUCGGAAAGGACUAUAGGGCAUACUGUGACCAGUCCAGAGGAUACAAGGAAGCAAUGCACAGAAAUUUUCCUUACCAAGAAUGACUGAGACAUUUUCUGAUCAAUCUACAUGAUUUGUUCACACAAAUUCUUGAAGAACAUCUAAACUAUAAUUUAUGGAAGUAUUCAAUAUGAUAUUAAUGUAUCAUUUUUACUCUAAAAACUAAGUGAUUCAUAUGUACCCAAAUGAAAUAAUAAGGAUUAAGGAUGAACAAUUUCCUGGUGAGUGGGUUGGGUUGAUAA